AUGGCUCAAGGUAAUAAUAUAACUGAUCCUGACUAUAUGAUUGCCUUUUAUGAUUUUCAUGACAAUUAUGCACAAUUGGAUCAAUUAUUUACAAAUCAUUAUAUUCGUUUUCGUCAACAAAAUGACUGUUUACAAUUUGUCUAUCAACACAACCAAUUAGAUAAAAUAGCUCUUUUUUUACCUGGUAAUAUUGCUGACGAUAUUAUACGAUAUACAGGACAUUUACAAUAUGUCUCAUAUUAUAUAUAUUGUGCAAACAAGCAACUGCUGAAUAACUUGCAACAAUUAUAUCGAUCUCAAACUAUAUAUAAAGUUUUUAGCGAAGAACGUUUACGUAUUCAAUUACGUCUAGUUUACGCAUUGUUUUGUUUGGAGAAAGAGGAAAUCCAUCGACAUCAAGAUGAUGACGAAUUGGGGGAUCUUAGUUUAUUAUCAGCAAUAGAAAACUAUAGUGCAGCGAGAGAGGAUUUAACGACACAUAUGACUGUCCAAAUGGGUCAGCAACCAGUAGAAUUUUUGUAA